UCUCCAUUGAGAUUUUAGUUCAGUUGUUCAACCAACAUCUUUCAUUUGUCUAGCAAAGAGCUCCCUCUUUCGUGAAUAAAAACUCAUUCUCUCCAAUGAGAUAGAAGAAUCAAAUCGCUAUUCUAAAUAAACAUGCAUACGAUAUAAUAUAAUGAAUGUCUGUCUGUCUUUUAUUUGUCCGGCCGUUUUGUUUUGUUUAUUGUUUGAAUCACAUCAUUGUUUUGUUAGUCUCUAUAGUUAUUAUUACAUGAUAUCAAUGGUUUUACUGGUUUAAUCUUGAUCAUAUAAAGAUAUGUAUAUACAUAUAUAUAUUUAUCUUUCAUAUAUUGACAUAUAUCAUAUUGAACUCUAUAAUUUACUUAUCAUUGAUCACUAGACAUUCAUGCUAUGAUUAUUUCGAUAGACGAAGAGAAAAAAAAUCGAUCGUUACACUUUUUCAUAUGAACAUUUACUUGAUUUAUGAAGAGUCUUCUUUAAAUUUAAUCCUUUUGAUAUAUAUAUUCUCAAACUCUAAUCUUUUUAGAUGGCCGCUGUUAAUGUAUAUCAUACGAGUGUAACUACAGACAACCUAAGUCGUAAUGAUAUUUUACAAUGGAUAAAUACAGCGCUCGAAGCUAAUUUUACUAAAGUUGAAGAUCUAUGUUCCGGUGCUGCUUACUGCCAAUUUAUGGAGAUGAUGUUUCCAGGCAAGUUUACUAUUAUAUAUAUAGUUAUUGUACCUGUUGAAAAAUUAGUCAAAGGAAAAUUUCAGGAUAAUUUUGAAUUUGUUCAAUGGUUUAAAAAAUUCUUUGAUGCAAAUUACACAGCUGCUCAUGAUUAUGAUCCUCUAGCCGCACGAGAUGGACAAUCUCUAGGUAGCGGUGGUGGUAAAGCAGCACCAGGAGGAGGUAGUUCAGGUAUUCGUGCACCACCUGCUUCUCGACCAGUACCAGCGCCAGUAACACGAGCUGCCCCACCACCAACAAGACCACCAGUUACCGCAAAACCAAUGCAACAACAUCAACAAAAAAUCUCUCCAUCAGUUCAUCGUCCAGUUGGUAAUAGCAGUGGACAUCAUGUUGAUACUCAUCAUGGAUCUCAUAAUACCGAAUCUAUUCGAUUACAACAAGAAAUUGAUAAUUUACAAGAAAUAAUUCAACAACAUGCAGCACAGAUAACCGGUCUUGAAAAAGAACGAGAUUUUUAUUAUCAAAAAUUACGUGAUGUAGAAGUUAUUUGUCAAGAACCAGAAUGUGAAUCAUUACCACAUACACAAAAAAUUCUUGAAAUACUUUAUGCUACAGAAGAGGGUUUCGCGCAACCUGAUCAAGAGAACGGUAAUGGUGAUUUAGACGAUGCAAAUGGUUUAACUGUUGGUAGUAAUGGUAAUGGUAAUGGUUCAGCUCUUGUCGGGGGCGAUGAAGAUACAUAUUAA